AUGAGCAAAUGGGAUAAAGACAUCAAGCCAGACAACAUAUUAGUGUUUUCAUUGGAUUUAAAUGAUAAAGUGAAUGCUAAAUUGACUGAUUUUGGAAGUGCCAGAAAUGUGAAUUUGCUGAUGACUAACAUGACAUUCACUAAAGGUAUUGGAACACCAGUGUAUAUGGCACCUGAAGUUCUUUUGAAACAGAAAUACACAAAAAGUGCAGACAUAUUCUCAUUUGCAAUAACAAUGUAUGAGUGCUUCAAAUGGGGAGAGGCGUAUCCAAUCAAUGAAUUCAAGUUUCCAUGGAAAAUAGCGGAGUUUGUUAUGGAAGGCAAAAGACUGAACAGAUGUGAAGUAAUAUCAGAAGGUAUUUACAACAUUAUUCAACUUUCGUGGAAACAAAAUCCAAAAGAAAGAAUUGAUAUCAACGAGGUUAUUAACAACAUGCAAAGUGAAAAUUAUAUAUACAGAUGGGCAACUAAUUUGUCUACAGGAACUAAUUUGUCUUAUAAACCUUUUAGCAUAUUAAUUUCCCAUUUUUAA